AAAAAAAAAAAAGUAAACAAAAUUAAGAACAGUUUUGGCUGAGAAAGUUGAAGAGGAAAGUGAAAGAAAGACAAUAGAAAAGAAAAUAUCAACAACAAUAAUUUUGGCUGUAAACAAAAUACAACACCAACAACAACAGCAGCAGCCGGAGAUUGCUGUUCUCAAAGCCCACUUUUUUUUUUCUCUUUUUUUUUUUUUUUUUUAUAAUUUUUUUUUUGUUUCCUUAUUGGAUUCUUUAUCUCUCUCUCUCUCUCUCUGAGGAUUAGCUGAAACUUUCUCGUAUUACUUGAUGGAGAAUGCUAUCUGGGUUUUCUAGAUCAUACCCAGAUCUUGCUGUUAAUUGAUCCAGCCGAAUAGCAUGCACAUCUUGGCAAAAGCUGAAGAAAAGAGUCGCAGAGAAAAAGAGGAGGGAGCUUUUAUUUUGUCAAUUAAGUUAUGAUCAAACAGAUAUUUAAUAAGUUCCCACGUAAGUCCUCAAAGUCGGCCGAAAAUCGUGAAGGAGGAGGAACAUCCACCUCCUCUUCAAAUGCUUAUGCUAGUUCGAGAAGCAAUGAUUUGGCGAGUAACCGAUAUGGGAACCCGGGGACUACAUCUUUUACUGGCUUUGAUUCUACAAAUCCAGCAUUAAAUCAUGGCAGUAAGUUUAUGCAAGCUGUGAAUUCGAAGCUGAAUGGGAAUUUAGCAUCUUUCUCUUAUGAGGCUUUGCCUAGUUUUAAAGAUGUUCCAAAUACUGAGAAGCAGAACUUGUUUGUGAAGAAGCUGAACAUGUGUUGCUUUGUGUUUGACUUCACUAACCCAACAAAGGACCUUAAAGAAAAGGACAUUAAGCGACAGACAUUGGUUGAACUUGCGGAUUACGUUGCUUCUGCUAAUGGAAAGUUCCCAGAACCUGUCAUGCAAGAGAUGAUAAAGAUGGUGUCCACAAAUUUGUUUAGAACACUCACUUCUCCACCUCGUGAGAAUAAAGUCUUGGAAGCCUUUGAUUUGGAAGAGGAGGAGCCGUCAAUGGACCCUGCAUGGCCUCACUUGCAGGUUGUGUAUGAAUUCCUUUUGAGGAUUGUGACGUCACCUGAGACAGAUGCAAAGUUGGCUAAGAGGUAUGUUGAUCACUCAUUUGUUCUCAGGCUGUUAGAUCUUUUUGAUUCAGAAGACCCCAGGGAGAGGGAUUACUUGAAAACAGUUCUCCACCGCAUUUAUGGGAAAUUUAUGGUGCACCGACCAUUCAUCAGAAAAGCAAUCAACUACAUCUUCUAUCGUUUUAUUUUUGAAACUGAGAAGCAUAAUGGGAUUGCAGAACUGUUAGAGAUUCUGGGUAGUAUAAUCAAUGGGUUUGCUCUGCCGCUGAAAGAAGAGCACAAGCUCUUUCUUGUUCGAUCCCUUAUUCCACUUCACAAACCAAAAUGCAUUCCCACGUACCACCAGCAAUUAUCUUAUUGCAUUACACAAUUUGUGGAGAAAGACUGCAAGCUUGCUGAUACUAUUAUACGGGGUUUGCUAAAAUAUUGGCCAAUUACAAAUAGUUCUAAGGAGGUCAUGUUCUUAGGUGAGCUGGAGGAAGUUUUAGAAGCAACUCAGCCUGCCGAGUUCCAGCGCUGUAUGGUUCCCUUGUUCCGCCAAAUUGGUCGUUGCUUGAGCAGUUUGCAUUUUCAGGUGGCGGAGAGGGCUUUGUUCUUAUGGAACAAUGAUCACAUUGAGAACCUCAUCAAACAGAACCGCGGUGUUAUACUGCCAAUUAUCUUCCCUGCAUUGCAGAGAAAUGCAACAAGCCACUGGAACCAGGCAGUACAGAACUUGACAGUAAACGUUCGCAAAAUUUUCUCUGAUACUGACUCUGACCUUUUUGAGGAGUGCAUGCUCAAGUUUCAGGACGAUGAAGCAAAAGAGAAAGAAAUUAAGUUGAAACGCGAAGCCACAUGGAAACGCUUAGAAGAGGUGGCUGCAAUGAAAUCUUCAAUUAAAGAACCAGUGCUUGUCUCUCCUCGAAAAGCCAGUCGUGCACCUUCUGGCUAGAGAGAUUCCCGGAUGAGAUUACGGCGGUUUGAUAAGUAAAUCGGUGAUUGAGUCACAAAGUCAAGGACGCCAUUGCUUGGGGUACAAAGUAGCCCCAUUUCGGUUUAACACGCCUGGACUGUAUAUAUUUAAUUGGAUGGACAAAGCAAGUGGGUCCUGCGGAGCACGUUUGUAUUGAAGAUUUAGACUGUAAAGUAGUUGGCAAUUUGCUGUUGAUGUUCUUAAGGGAGGGAAAAGAAAUUUUAGAAGGAAGAAGAAGAAGAAGAAGAAAGAGCUCGAAUUUGAAAUAUAUUUGCUGACAUUUUUGUGAAUUUGGUUUAAUGGAAGUAAGCUCAAUCUUCUGAUUUAUUUGUGUAUCAUUAAACUUUGUUGCUCUUUUGUGAGUGUUUGGUUGCUUGACAUAACAUUGUUUAAAGAUGGAAGAGUUUGUAGCCAUUCUAGAGACAGCAUGAAGUGCUUCCCUCUUUGUUCCA